CAUAAACGCUCUUACAACUCCGCUUACGACUCCGACUCCGUUGCUGGUGAACCGCUAUACCAGCCUUUUAGUCCCAUGAGUGGGCAACAUCAAUUUUCUCCUAAUAAUUAUCCAUACAUCAUCGAGAGAAAAGGUUAGAAGAAUUCAUAAAAUAAUCAUCAAAGGGAAAGGGCUUUGAUCUUUCAUCAAAAUCUCUCAAUUAAUUCUUGAUUAAAAAUGGAGUUCAGUCUGGUGAAUUUGAAGGUGGAUAUUGGCGCUCUAGGAUAUUACCUAGUGUAGGGGUGGGAGGAGAAGAAAGUUUGUUGAUUUGUCUACAAAAGAUAUUUUACCUUACCUCCCCCUUGUUAUGUAAAACCCCUCCUUUCACUUUACUUGUGCUUUUUUCUAAUCCAUGGAGAGACUGUCUAAUCCUUCUAAUCCUGCAAGGCUUCCAGGCCCGUAACCAGGAUUUUAUAUGGGGGGGUGCUAACUAGUCCAAAGUGGACCAAACUACCGAAAUGUAUAUUUUAUUGUCUGAUCCGUUUAUUUAGGAAAGUAGCAAUAUAUGAGAAAUUGUAAUGGCAAAGUACACGGUAGGAACUGAAUAUUACAUUUGUCGAAUACAACUGUUUGAAUAAAGUUAUAAAGGAGUAAUUUUAACGCUGUCGAAUGAUACAUCAAAAUACUGCGGAACUAAUCCCUCAGAAUAACCGUACAGGGACUAGGCAUGGCAAUGUCUACCGUAGCAUCAGAGAAAAACAGGGAAUUGUUGUUUAUCGACAACAUGUUUUACAAACAGUGACAUCUCUGCGUGUUGUUUCACUAGUAUUUCGAGGGCAUGACCUCCUGAAAAUCACAAAUAGUAAUCGCCAGCAAGAAGCCAGAUUUUUGCUAUGGAAAAAAACUUGAUUAUUUGAGAGAGCGGCGGAAAUGGAGCCUAGGUCUAGGUCAACACCUAAAAGGCGCUUGGCCUAACGUGCGUACGGCGUCAAAGGUAGCCGGGAAAUAAAAAAAGCAACCAUAAUCGAGUUUAGCACCUUCCUUAAAAUAAACAAAUCUAGGAAACAAUUUCUUUUACGGUUAACUCUUUUUUACCCUGUUUACGGCUAACGGUUAAAAUUUUUCAAUUUUUACGGCUAUCUACUAAAUUUUUGGCCGCUUUACGUCUAUCCCUCUUCUAGACCCUCUUUGGAAAGAGAUCAUCAUCGCACUCCUUAAGAGCUUUGGCUGCUGUAUUUGGCCUGUGCAAAAGUGUGCGCACGUUAAUUUCAUCUUUCAUAUAGAUACGCUGGGACAUCUGUGCGCUCAUUGAAAUGUUCUGAAUGGCUCGGGCUACUAGAGUGCAGCUGGUUUUAUUUUCCCGGUGAAUACACUACUGCUUUUUCCAUUCUUUGAUUUUGUUUAAAUAUCACUGUUAAGUUUGAAACUUCAGUUUAACCGACUGCACUCCUUAAACUGGAUAUUGAGUAUCAAAAUGCGGACCUUUAAGGCCUGUGGGGGGGUGCGAAUGCACCCCGUGCCCCCCCCUAAAACAAAUGUUUCCUUUUUUACCACCUGUCGCGUCGAACAGAAGGCAAAUCUUGUCAGCGGAAAGCUCGCGAGAUUAUGCGCAAUGGUUUCAUCUUUCAUAUCCGGUGGAGGCGAGAGAGGCUUUUACAAUUUUUUUUUCAAAAGUGUUUUCGUGUCAUUUGGACCUGUAUAUCGACUUCAUGAUGAGUUGUUUAUCGUGGGGACCAAUGCAGGAAUCUGACAUGCAACAGUUUUGCGUGGAAAUGAUGAAACGGCUCGACGUUCAACGAAGGAACGAGCAGUUCUGUGAUGUGGUUCUUGAAGUUGGCUCUGGUAACGAUCAAGCUCGCUUUAAAGCACACAGAAUCGUUUUAUGUGCAGGAAGUCCGUUCUUCUACAAUGCUCUUAACAGCGACAUGAAAGAAAAGAAAGAGGGAGUCAUUCGAUUGGAAAACACAAGCAAAGCUGUGAUGGAAGAAUUGUUAGAAUAUCUUUACACAGGACACGUUGACGUCACGCAACGCAACGCAUUCGAUCUUCUAGAAAUAGCUGAUUUUUUCGUCAUUCCAAGUCUGAAAGCGGAAUCAAAUAAGUUUAUCGCACGAACAUUGUCUUCUUCGAACUGUUUAAUGGCAUAUUAUUCAGCUGUUAAGUAUCAGUGCACAGAAUUACAAAUGGCAGCGAGGAAUUUUAUCUGUGAAAACUUUAUGAGCGUGGUCGUGCAGGAAGAUUUUCUGAAUUUAAGCAUGGAAGAGGUGAAAGAGUGGAUUUCAAGUGAUGAAAUCAGGGUAACAGGAGAAGAAGACGUUUUCCAGGUUAUUGUAAAAUGGUUAGAAGGGAAAGGAUGCGUCGAACGUAAGACAUUUUUCGAAUUAUUUCGUCAUGUUCGCCUGGUUCACAUGUCACGCAAUUCUGUUUUCAAGGAAAUUUUACGGCAUCCUUUGGUGAGGGACGAUAACACAUGCACAGCAUUCGUCUUAGAUGCAAUGGAAGAUGUUUCAUCUGGCUCUGAAGAGUGUUAUUUUGCCCAAUCACCAAGAAACUGCCUGAAGACAGCAGAAGAUUGUCUUGUCAUCACUAGAAAAAACUUAACAGUCUGUUACCUUCCCACAGAAAACAGGUGGUAUGAGCUGGCACACCAGUCUGAGAAUAUAUAUUUAUAUACUAUGAGUGCUUGUCAUGGUAAACUCUACAUCAAUAAUGGUGAGAAUCGGCAAAUUGAGAGAUAUGACCCAGCAGUUAAUUCUUGGGCGCCUGUUACAUUAUAUGGUGAUGGUCCACUACCUCUUCGUGGGGUAGCUCUUGUUAAUUUCCAAGGGUUUUUGUAUGUGAUUGGUGGAAAAAUAGGAAAUGAGCCUGCAAACUGUGUUCAUAGGUACAAUCCUGACACAAACCUGUGGCAGGAGGUAGCACCCAUGAGCAUUUCCAGAUCUGAACUUUCCGCGGUAGCUGACAAAGACACAAUGUAUGUAAUUGGCGGUCGAACAGAACAUCAGUUACUGGAUGUGGUAGAAAAAUUUGACGUCAAAACAAAGUCUUGGUGUAGAGUUGCUUCAAUUCUGGAAAAGAAAACCCGCCCUCAUGGAGUUUUGUUAAGGGGUAAAGUGUUUUUAUUUGGAGGCUUGAUGAGCCUUAAUAAUUAUUCAUCAGAGCUAUUUUCGAGCAUCAUUGAAGUCUAUGACCCAGUGUCAAACACAUGGACAGCCAUUCAGAGUACAUCUGCACCGAAGCGCUGUUUUAAUGCCACAAGUUUCAAAGGAGCUGUUUUUGUGACUGGUUUGUGGGACCAAGAAAGUUCCGAUGGUUAUUUCUUAAGGGUUUAUGAUAUUGACAAGAAUGAGUGGGCGCCUUGUGCAAUGUUUCCUUAUAUCUAUUAUCCAGGUGCUAUGGCGGCUCUCAGAAUUCCAAAAGAAAUUUUGAAAACUUGCAAAGUUUUGGCAUAG